GGACUGACACGUGGCAAAAGAUCAUCCACUGCUGACAGUUCUAUUGUGCAUCUCAGUUUACCACCCAAACAUCAUCAAGCUCUUCUUUGGAAACCUAUGGCUUCUGCUUUGCUUUCUCCAGCUACAAGUGCACAUCCUAAGUCCCUUUCUCUCUCCUUCACUAAACCCAUCAAGCAAAACCAUUUCUUUUCCUUCAUCAACCGACCGAAAAGAAUCAAUGUCAAGUGCAAUGCAUUUUCAGAUAAUAUAAUAGAUGGGUUGGCAGAUACAGUUGCUGCUUUACCGGUUAUUGGUUCUAGUUUUGUAGAAAUACAGGAGAUUGCUGAUACAUUACCGGAAUCUGAAAGGUGGGGAAUCGCGGUGUUUGCUGGUUUGGCUUGGAUAUACCUGACUGCAAGGCCUGGAGUGCUUAUUGGAGCCAUUGAUGCAUACAUUCUAGCUCCUUUGCAAGUGGGUUUUGAUACCUUGACAGGCAGAAGGACACUAAAGAGGUCGGAUUUUCUGAUUACUGAUAAGAUAGGUGAGGGUUCCUUUGGUGUGGUCUAUUCUGGGGUAGUUCUGCCAAAGAACGUAAAUGUGGGAGAAAAUGUGUCCAAGAGGAGCAUGGCAAAAGUUCUUGAAUCUGACAAGAGAUUCAAGGAAAAGGUUAUAUUAAAGCAGGUAAAGCUUGGAGUUAAAGGGGCCAAAGAAUGUGGUGAUUUUGAGGAGUGGUUUAAUUACAGGUUAUCAAGAGCUGCUCCAGAAACCUGUGCUGAUUUUCUUGGAAGCUUUAUAGCUGACAAAACAAACUCACAGUAUACAAAAGGUGGAAAGUGCCUUGUUUGGAAAUAUGAGGGAGAUCUAGACCUUGCAGAUUACAUGAAAGACCGUAACUUUCCUGUGAAUUUAGAGAAUAUCAUGUUUGGUCGAGCAUUAGAAGGAAUGGAUUCUCUUGAGCGCAAUGCAUUGAUCAUCAAGCAAAUAAUGAGACAGAUAAUCGCUUCUUUGAAGAAAAUUCAUGACACUGGCAUUGUUCAUCGGGAUGUAAAGCCAGCAAACUUAGUAGUGACCAAGAAAGGACAGAUCAAGCUCAUAGAUUUUGGUGCAGCAGCUGAUCUUCGUAUUGGUAAGAACUAUGUCCCAGAUCGGGGUCUGCUGGACCCUGACUAUUGCCCUCCUGAACUGUAUGUACUCCCAGAGGAAACCCCAAGGCCGCCUCCAGAGCCUAUUGCUGCAUUACUUUCUCCAAUCCUAUGGCAGCUCAAUAGCCCUGAUCUAUUUGAUAUGUAUUCAGCUGGGAUAGUUCUUCUGCAAAUGGCUGUACCAUCUCUGAGGUCCACAGCAGGCUUAAAAAACUUUAACAAUGAAUUGAAGUCUGUAGGAUAUGAUUUAAACCGCUGGAGGGAGCGCACUCGAAGUAGGCCUGAUCUAAGGAUAUUAGAUCUGGACAGGGGAAGAGGAUGGGACCUUGUAACAAAGCUUAUCUCAGAGGGGGGAUCCUUUAGACGAGGUCGUUUAUCAGCCGCUGCUGCUCUUAGACAUCCUUAUUUCUUGCUUGGUGGUGAUCAAGCAGCUGCAGUUCUCUCUAGAUUGAGCUUGACCAGAUAGUAAUCCUUCAGGAUCUUGUGCACCUGUUUUCUCAAGGCUCUUUUCAUUUUUGUAAGUAUCAUCAGUAAUAUCCUCCCACCUAUUUCAUUGCAACUUUUUCCAAUAUGAAUAUACAAAUAACAAACAGAGCUUUUGUUGAGAGUUUACACACACUUGUUUCACAGAAAUUUCUUCCCUGAAUUCGUGUUAACUUUUAAAACACAUCAGAAGAAAAACCUUUCUUUCGUUCACUGGUCUUGAGUUUUGAAGAACAAUGAAUUAACUAAUUACUUUUUAAUGUUACCUCAAAGAUGGUAGAUAAAAAGAGGUUGGUUAUGUCAAUUUUCUCAGAUCAGCUAGAUUCUGAUCGUGCAUAAGGAUGCUCGUCUUUUCCUUGCUAUAUACAACAGGAGGCAUGUGUAAUUCUGAAAACUUCCUUCGAAUAUCAAUACAUUUUUCUUUCCCUCAAUGGAAUACAUAAACAUCUAUAGUUGUUGAUUGUCAAGGAAAAUCAAAUGAGUGACUUCCUUUUUAUCCAGAAGCUCUGUAUGUACUCAGGCAAGUCUUUUCCUUGCUAAAUUUUUGAAUUGUAAUUGAGCAAGUACUAAAAGCUUUAUCUUUUGCUCUUAUAUUAACCUGCCAAAAGCAGCUAAUAAUGAAAAGGGAGUUGCAUUCUAUUGUCUAAUUGACCCAAAUAGUAAAUUUUGCUAAAGGUUAUUCUCAUGCUCACUUUGAUUGUACUUUUAGCAAUUUACACUCAUCCAGAAGUUUGCAGAGACAUUGUCAUUUUGUCAAGUGACUUUUGAUACUCUAUGGUUUUGUUAUUAGUGAUUGACCUCAAUUUUUUUUUUUUUUGAUGUUAAUUUCCUAAUAUAAUACUUUUUAAGUAUAGUUUAGGAUUUU